UGUCCACCUUUGGUAAUGAGACACCACCACCGCCAGUUAAAUCUCCAUAGAGACAGCACUCGCCCUCCAGUGGUCUCCCGGUUAUGGGAAGCUGGUGUCUUGUGUGUGUGUUUUAAUGCAUGUUUUCCCAAGACCACUGUGCACCUUUACUCGAUCUCUCCCCUCCCCAACCUCUUUUUGGGGGCGUUGGUGUGUUUGUAGAUGGGCUUCUCCACCUGCCUUGUGUCGAGGUGCGCACCCAACAGCUUUGGGGUCCCCCCCCUAAAAAUAGGUCAAGAACUCUGGGCAACCCUUUCCUAAAAUAAUUAAGCAUGAAUUUUUUUUAAGUGACCCCCCAGAUUCCUUGAAAAAAAUCUGGUGACCAUAGCUUAAGUGUGACAAGACUUGCUGGGUGGCAGUUCAUAUACUCAGGCAACCUGAUGAUCCCCUUUUUGUGGCAGUGGAAUGUUAUAGUGGACAUGCUCCCUACCCUAGGCUCUAGAAAUCAAAAAGACAAGAGUAAACAUCUGACUUAUCGGUGAGUGCUUUAUAACCUUUACUGUUAUUUUUAGACAAGUUGGUUUGGGGGAUGCUAGCAGCUCUCAUUAAAUGUUCCAGCACAUAGCUUAUGCCAGCCUCUUAAAGUCAGAGAAGCUGGACUGCUUCCUGUCGUUGCUGGCUGAGGUUGAGUUGGACUGGAAUUCACAUGUUUCAAAACUUGAGGGAGCUUUUUUAUUGUUGCUGCCAUUGAAGAAUUGGGAGUCAGAAUCCUUGCUGGUCUACAGUACUGCAAAUUGCUCAAAUCGAUGCAUACCGUAUGUACUGAUUUGCCAUCUGCCCAUCCCUGGACUAAAGCCAACUUCAUUCAUGAAAGCUUAUGUCACAAAUCUUUUUUCUGAUGCCACAAAACACCUUUCUAUUUUUUGUUGCAACAGACUAACAUGGCUACCCUUCUGGAACAAGCUAUCUAUAUUCACAAUGUCUUAAUAGCUUUCUCACUUUCCCAAAGAAGAAACAUUGCAAACAUGCUUUAUUCAGACACUUCGCCAACUGCAGAAUUCUGUGGGAGUGUUAUUUCCUGAUGCUGGAAUUCGCUAAUAACGCCUGUCGACCCACCAGACUGGCAUAUGUUCUUAUUCAAUUCCGUUCUUUCCCUGGUGACUAUGUGUAGAAAUUACUGCAGUAAAGGUCCCUCCACACACUUCCUUAUGCAAACAGGAUGAUUCUGCUAGAAUCCCCUAAUUUUUCUUACCAAAUAUGUUAUGGAGAUUCUCCCCUUCUGCUCAACUUUUAUUGCACUAUAGCCCCUCCAGACAGCAGUAAUUGCAUCACAGAACAGCUCACAAAGCAGAACAAAUCCAUCACUAAUGCACUAUUACUGUGUCAAGAACAUGUUGCAGAAUAAAGCUGCAAUAAAACACCAGUUUGGAGGGGCCCUGAGUCUUCUAACCAACAAGUUGGAUUAUAAUGUGUGUGUGAGAGAUCUUAAAGAAAUUCUAGAGAGUCUUGAAUAAUUGCUCUAUUGUUCCAAAGCGACUGUCCAAAGCUCAAUAUUGCUAAGUGCUACCAUUAAAAAACAAAAAACAAAACAGAAGACAUUAGGACAGCCUGAAAUGUAAUCCUUUCGACUACAAGUAGAAUAAAUAUAGCACAGCCUGCAGAUGGCUGCAGAACAAGACAUCCAGAGUGAUAUGACAAUCUGUGCGCUUUUGGGAGGUGAGUCUUAAGCACCGCUCUGCCUCUCCCCGUCAUUUUUCUGAACCAGGGAAAGCUUCAGCUGCUCCUCUUCCUGCAGCCCCGCCAUUCCCCUUCAAAUGUUGACCCUCUGCAAGGUCACCGAUUCUCUGUUCAUUAGCAAUUCUAGGUCAGCCUGCGAUGAGAAUCUCCUCGUUCAAGAGAGGAUUACGUUCUGUGUCAAUGUCUCCAGGCAGCAGCCCUUCCCAAGCUUUCAGCAAGUCCAGACGCUGAGGGUCCCCGUCUUUGAUGAUCCCUCAGAGGACCUGUAUCGAUACUUUGAGCGCAGCAGCGAUGCCAUAGAGGGCGCAGUCCAGAGCGGUGGGAAGUGCUUAGUGUACUGUAAAAACGGCCGCAGCAGAUCUGCUGCCAUCUGCACUGCCUACUUGAUGAAGCACCAAAAUCUCAGCCUGAAGGAUGCCUUUGAGAUUGUGAAGAUGGCCAGGCCGGUAGCAGAGCCCAAUGUUGGCUUUUGGUCCCAGUUACAAAAAUAUGAAGGACAUUUACAAAUGCAGCAUCAAAUGGAUUCUUCUCGAAAAAUAACUUCGCAAUAA